AUGCUGGGCGAAAAGAUGGCGCCUCUGCGUGCCGCGGAGAAGCAAGCCCAGUCCAAGAAGCUACGUAUCCACAAGCAUCAUGUUGCCAAGGCCGACGGCGGCAAUCAGGAGAUGACCGUCUCCAAGAUCAUCGGCGCCGACUCGGUCCUCGUAAAGAAUAAGGCCGGCACCGAGGAGAAGCGCAUCAGCUUCAGCAGUGUGCGCGGACCUCGGGCCGGAGAGCCUUCCGAAAGCCCGUUCCGGGACGAGGCCAAGGAGUUUUUGCGCUCAAAACUGAUUGGAAAGAACGUCAAGAUCAGCGUCGACGGGACCAAGCCUGCCGCAGACGGCUUCGAUGCCCGAGACGUCGCCACCGUCACGGAAAAGGGCAAGAACGUCGGCCUGAUGCUGGUUGAGGCUGGCUGGGCUUCCGUCAUUCGCCACCGAAAGGACGACACUGACAGAGCCUCCAACUACGACGAGCUCCUUGCCGCCCAGGAAAAGGCCAAGGAGGAGAAGAAGGGCAUGUGGUCCGGGAAGCCGCAGAAGGCCAAACAGUACACGGAUCUGUCUGAAAACGCCCAAAAGGCCAAGAUUAUGCUUGCGACCCUGCAACGGCAAAAGAAGGUGCCGGCAAUCGUCGACUUUUGCAAGGCCGGCUCUCGGUUCACCAUCCUCAUCCCCCGGGAGAACGUCAAGCUAACCAUGGUGCUCGGCGGCAUUCGCGCUCCCCGAGCUCCGCGGGCGGAUGGACAAGGCGGUGAGCCUUUCGGCAAAGAAGCCAUUGACCUGGCCAACCGCAGGUGCAACCAGCGAGACUGCGAGGUCGAUAUCCACGACAUGGACAAGGUGGGCGGCUUUAUCGGCGACCUGUACAUUAACCGCGAGAACUUUGCCAAGGUGCUGCUGGAGGAGGGUCUCGCCUCGGUCCAUGCCUACUCCGCGGAGAAGUCGGGCAACGCGACGGAGUUGUUUGGCGCCGAGACGCGGGCCAAGGAGGGCAAGAAGGGCCUCUGGCACGACUACGACCCUUCGCAGGAGGAGAAUGGCGAGGAUGAGGCCGCCGAGGAGGCCGCGCCAGAAUCCGAGGUAACUCUGGACAAGAAGCCGACCGACUACCGUGACGUGGUCAUGACCAACAUUGACGGAAAUGGCAAGAUUAAGAUCCAGGAAAUCGGCAAGGGCACGUCGGCGCUGGAGUCGCUGAUGAACGAGUUCCGAAAGUUCCACCUCGACUCCAAGAACAACAAGCCGCUGGCGGACGCGCCCAAGACAGGCGAGUUUGUGUCGGCCAAGUUCUCGGCCGACGGUCAAUGGUAUCGGGCUCGCGUACGCGCCAACGACCGCACGGCCAAGAUGGCCGAGGUCAUGUACGUCGACUACGGCAACUCGGAAAAGGUUGCGUGGUCCAGCCUGCGGCCGCUGAGCCAGGCCCAGUUUGGAACGCAAAAACUCAAGGCGCAGGCGCUCGACGCAUCCCUGUCGUUUGUGCAGCUCCCCACGGGGGCGGACUACUUCCAGGACGCCAUGGGCUUCAUCGCGGAGCUGACGGAGGGCAAGCGGCUGGUGGGCAGCUUCGACUUUGUGGAUAACAAGGAGGGCGUGAGCUACGUGACGCUGUACGACGCCAAGUCAAACGGCGAGCUGCCCGGGCUCAAUGACUCGAUCAACAAGGAGGUGGUGGCCCAUGGAUACGGCAUGGUGCCCAAGAAGCUCAAGGCAUGGGAGCGGAGCAAGGCGUUUGAGUCGUACCUCAAGCACCUGCGGGAGGUGGAGAGCCAGGCGAAGCAGGACCGUUUGGGCAUGUGGGAGUAUGGCGACAUUACCGAGGACUAG